UUCGGGUAGGACUGAGACCACACCACACUCCACACACCGGGAAAGGGAGGCCACAACCCCUCGAAUUACAUCCUGUACCUUCUUGGUGCUAGAUGAACUGGGGCUGUGCAUUAAGAGGCUUGCCCAUUUGCCUCGCCACGCCCAUAACUCAAACACAGGCCUCCUCAGUUCCAGCUGGAUAAAAGCUCAGUACUUAACCAGUAGCAAGAUGGAACGCAACUGGCGAAACCAGAGAGGAAGAGAAACCAGUGAACGUUCCCCUUGGCAAAGUCAUUCUCGUACUCGCAGCUGCAACAACAGUUAUGCAAACUCAAGUUCAAGUCAAGCUCGAUUUGGGAACAGAAAUGCACCACCAGGACAAAACUGGGAAUGCUCCUCUUGCAGGUUCUCCAACUUUUCCUCACGAACUGCUUGCUUCAAGUGCAGGACACCAAAGGGUGAGAGCAGCAGUUUUGCCGGAGAGGUCUUAAAUUCUUGGAAAAAUCCAGGUGAUGACUCCUCUGAAGAAGAACUUAUUGACUGGGACUCUUUUCGGAUGGACAGUAAAAAGUAUGAAGCUACUCGACUGGCUAAUCUUCCUCCUCUUAUGAAAAAUGUCUACUUUGAAGAUCCUGACGUCCAAGCUCUGAGUUGUGACGAAGUGGAGAGAUUUAGACAGGAAAACUUUGACAUGAAGGUUUAUGUUGAUAAAGGAAGUGAAUUGCAAAUUCCAAAUCCAGUGCAAACCUUUGUACAAGCUUUUAAGUCAUAUCCUGCAAUUCUGAGAGAAAUAGCACAGCAAGGUUUUGAGAAGCCAUCACCCAUACAGUGUCAGUCCUGGCCAAUACUCAUGCAGGGACUUGACAUGAUUGGAAUAGCUCAGACAGGAACAGGAAAAACUUUGGCCUUCAUCCUGCCAGCACUGCUUCACAUCGUGGCUCAGCCAACACCUCGUGACAAGCGUGUUGGACCUACCUGUCUUGUCCUUGCACCUACACGAGAACUUGCUCAACAAAUUGAAAAAGAAGUAUCAAAGUACUCCUAUGACAACAUUAAAUGUGUAUGUGUGUAUGGUCAAGGAGACAAGCGGACCCAAAUACAUAAAAUUAGAGCCAAAGCAGAGAUUGUGGUGGCCACUCCUGGAAGGCUGAAUGAUUUUACCUCCACUGGUAUUAUUGAUUUGAGUGGCGUAUCCUACCUGGUGCUUGAUGAAGCUGACCGUAUGUUGGACAUGGGUUUUGAGCCACAGAUAAGAAAGGCUGUGCUCAUCACUCGCCCUGAUCGUCAGAGUGUCAUGACCAGUGCCACUUGGCCCGAAGGUGUGCGAGACUUGGCGAGCAAGUUGAUGAAAGAACCAAUAACAGUGGUGGUUGGUAGUCUAGAUCUAAAGGCUGUUCACACAGUGACACAGAAGAUUGUGAUGUGUGAUGAUGAUGACAAGAAGGAAGAACUUAUAAAGUUCAUUACCAGCUUGGGCAAUAAAGAAAAGGCAAUUGUGUUUGUUGGGAGGAAGUGUAUGGUGGAUUAUCUAUCUGUGGAAAUGCUAGAGGAAGGCUUGAAUGUUUGUAUUAUGCAUGGUGACAUCUGCCAGUUUGACCGAGAACAAGCCCUUCGAGACCUGAAAUCUGGUAAAUCCAGAGUUCUCAUUGCCACUGAUGUUGCCUCAAGGGGCAUUGAUGUCAAUGAUGUGACACACAUUUUCAAUUUUGACUGCCCACGAGACAUGGAGGAGUAUGUGCAUCGAGUGGGCCGCACUGGACGUGCUGGUCGAUCUGGCUCGGCCAUCACAUUGUUCACACGUAGUGACUGGGCUAGAGCUGAGAAACUAAUUGAUAUCUUACAGAGAUCAAAUCAGGAGGUACCAAGGGGUCUAGUGCGGAUGAGUGAACGCUGGAAGGAAGCUCAGACCAAGAAGAGCCAGACUCCAAGAACCUAUCGCUUUUAGAAAACGGAAGUGGUAGAGUAGAAUGCCAUUGUGGCUUACCUGCCACCCCCCCUGUACCCACUUCUGGUCCUCUCCCACCAAAAAGGAAACAUUUGAUAGGCCUUGUGUUAUGAUAAAUAAGACACAAAUACUUUAUUUGAUACAUAAUGACCAUUUCUGAGGGAAUUAGUUUCAUACAUAAACAUGCCCAGUUCACCACACAUUGUGUGUGUAUGGGAAUGGGUAAAAUAUUAGUAGAUAUAAAAAUUAAGAGAAUGGGUUUACAAACUAUAGAGCUUCAUACAAGUAAAGAAAGGUAACAGUGAUAUCUUGAGGUAUUUGUAACAUUUCAUGAAAAGCAUCACAAUGUUUUGAAACAUACCAAAUUUUAUGCUGUAGAAGUAAGGCAAAAUAACUUUUGAUUGGCAAUGUUAUUUUACUGAAUUAUAUUAUUCUUUACAAUGAAGGUGUAAAUGUACAACUAAGGAAUAAUUCAUGUUAAAAAAAAGGUGGGGCUAUAUUAUUUUCAGCUAUAAACUUGGCAGCAGAUGUUCUUUAUUAUUUUCAUAAGCUCUUAUUUUUGAAACACCAAUUUUUUUAAGGUGUUCCCCUUUUUUAAUGAUAAGUAAAUAUCUAGUUGAAGACUAUACUUUGUAUUGGGCAAUUUGGUAUAUAAUGUUUUGGUACUGAAGGAAAUAGUGAACUGAUUCAUUUUUUGAUAGGCAAACUGAAUAUUAAAAAUUUACAUUGGGCAUUUUUGUUUUUAUUACUUAUGAACCAAACUGGACCAAAUUUUUAUGAAUUAUGGAUAUAGAGUCCUUUAGGUGAGUUAUAUGUUUGCCUCAUCCAAUUUGGAGAGAAAAAAAAAAUAUAUAUAUAUUUCCAAUUUUGAUUAUUAAGAUGUCAAUAGAAAGGUAAUUAAAAUAUCUUUUAAAAGACAAAAUUUAUAUUGUGCUUAGAUUUUUUUUCAAACUUGAAAAAAAUAUGGGAGAGUUUUUGUUUAUUGAUAAAACAAAAAAAAUCCAAAUUUACACAAUUUAUUUUACAGAAUUGUGAAU